AUGUUCAUCACCUCCAACUUGAUCGCUGCCCUGAUGGGUGCCUCUAUGGUCAACGCCCAUAUGAUCAUGAGCACUCCCACCCCUUAUGGCAAGGGCAGUCUCAACAACUCGCCUCUGGCAGCAGACGGCAGUGACUUCCCAUGCAAGCUUCGCGACAACACCUUCGAGGCUCCCGAGACCGAGACAAUCAUCGCCAUCGGCGAGUCCCACCCUCUGUCUUUCAUCGGCAGCGCCACCCACGGCGGCGGUUCCUGCCAGAUCAGUCUGACCACCGAUCUGAAGCCCUCCAAGUCCUCCGCGUGGAAGGUCAUCAAGUCUUUCGAGGGUGGCUGCCCUGCCAAUGUCGAUGGUAACAUGGAGGGCGGCCCCGAUGUCGCCGAUCCUUACGCUUUCAACUUCACCAUUCCUGAUGGCAUCUCUGCUGGCAAGUACACCCUCGCCUGGACCUGGUUCAACCGCAUCGGCAACCGCGAGAUGUACAUGAACUGCGCUCCCAUCACUGUCUCAGGUGGCUCCUCCAAGCGCUCUCCCGACGAACUCGAGAAACGCGCUGCUAGCUUCCCUCCCAUGUUCGUCGCAAACGUCAAUGGCUGCACUACCCAGGAAGGUGUCGAUAUCCGCUUCCCUCAGCCAGGUGAGUAUGUCGAGUUUGACGGUCAACCCGCCAACCUCGCCAAGGAGGGCUCCGAGGCUUGCACCGGUACUCCUACCUUCGGCGGCGACGGCAAUACUUCCUCCUCUUCUGGCUCCUCUGGCUCCAGCUCAUCCGGUUCCGCUUCCUCCGGCUCUGCUUCCUCUGGCUCUUCUUCUGCCCCCGCAGAGAGCGCCUCCACCGCAGCCGCCUCGGUAUCCGUGGCCCCAGUCCCAGAAGCUACUCCAUCGAGCGCACCCGCCGACCCCGAGCCCGUGUCCCCCUCGGCACCUGCCCCAGCUCCCGUGACAACCUCUUCGCCCUCCGGCUCUGGAUCUGGAUCUGCCUCCAGCUCCGGUGUCUUGACGGGUAGCUGCAGUACCGACGGCCAGUGGAACUGUAUCUCAGGCACCUCCUUCCAGCGCUGUGCUUCUGGCACCUGGUCCGCUGCCCAGCAGAUGUCGACCGGCACGCAGUGCAACGCUGGUCAGAGCGCGGAGCUUGUUGUCUCUGCCAGCAAGAAGGCGCGUCAUGUCUCAAGCAUGCGCUUCCGCAACCGCUCCUACGGUGUUCACCACGCCCACGCGCUUAGCUAG